AUGGCGGCCAAAAACCGAAAGCAGGCGGGAAAAAACGACAAGACCUCCACGCUCGCUUCUUCCAGCGGCAAAAGCAACGCCAGGCGAGCCGCCUCUUCCUCCUCCUCCGCCGCUGGAAGGGAUGCCAAAGCCGCGAACGGGCUAUCGGGCAUUCGGCAAAAGCUGGGGCUAACUCACUCCGGAGCGGCCGGGCUCGGACUCACGCUUUUUCUCGCUGCUCUGAGCGGAUAUCUUCACUGGUUUCAUCUCACGCAGCUCUUUGAGAAUGACCGACACUUCUCGCACUUGUCCAACCUGGAGAAAGAAAUGGCUUUCCGCACAGAAAUGGGCUUGUACUACUCGUACUACAAGACCAUCAUUGAAGCGCCCACCUUCCUGCAGGGACUUCACAUGAUCAUGAAUGACAGAUUGACCGAGUACCCUUUGGUCAUAAACACGUUAAAGCGCUUCAACCUCUACCCUGAGGUGGUUCUAGCCAGCUGGUACCGGGUUUACACGGGUGUCAUGGGCUACUUUGGCGUUCCCACAAAAAUGUGCUGGUCCAUCAAUAGAGGAGAAGGUCUGACGCCGGUGGACAGUUGUGAAGGCUUGGGCGACCCAGCUUAUUUCUACGUGGCGUGCGUCUUCCUACUGAAUGGUGUGAUGAUGACCCUUUUUUUCCUGUAUGGCACCUACCUCAGCGGCAGCCGACUCGGUGGCAUCAUGACUACCGUGUGUUUCUUCUUCAAUCAUGGCGAGAGUACUCGUGUCAUGUGGACUCCUCCUCUAAGGGAGAGCUUCGCAUACCCAUUCCUGGUCCUCCAGAUGCUGCUGCUCACAUUUAUCUUGAGGACCCGGAGCCCGAGCCGGAUGGCGAUGGUCGCGCUGGGGGUAUCCACGCUGUGCUUCAUGCUGCCGUGGCAGUUUGCCCAGUUUGUGCUGCUCACGCAAGUGGCUUCCUUGUUUGCUACCUUCAUCCUGGGCUACCUCGAUGCGGCUAAAAUGCAGUCAGUGCUGGUCACUCACUUGGUCGCACUGGCAUUCUGCUUCGCGCUCAUGUUCGGCAACGCCAUGCUGCUCACAUCCUUUUACGCCUCGUCGCUUGUCUCAAUCUGGGCUAUCGUUGCGUUGAGGGAUCAAUUCACUCGGAUUUUCGGGAAUGGGCUAGUCUUUUGGGUCAUGCAAGCUUUGAUUUGGGUGGGUUCCACUGUUCUGCUCAAAUUCCUGCUGUCUACUAUUCUCGGUGCUUCAGAUGACGCUCACAUCAGCGGCCUGAUUAAAUCCAAGUUCACCAGCUAUCAGGACUUCCACACACUCAUGUACACAUGUGCUGCAGAGUUUGACUUCAUGGAGUUGGAGACUCCGACACGCUACCUAAAAACGCUACUGCUACCAGUCAACUUCUUGCUGGUGGUUUUGAUUGCAAAGACAAUCGCGCAGGAUGUUAUCCGCUUCCUUAGAAAUGGAGGAAAGACAUCUAAUGAAAAUCCCAAUCGUAACAACGAAGAAGCUUCAAGGUGUGACGUUGUAACUAAAGGAGAGAUGGCUUAUCACACUCUGCAACUGCUGGCCUUCAGCGUGCUAGCCGCCCUCAUCAUGCGCCUGAAGCUCUUCCUCACGCCGCACAUGUGCAUCGUGGCUUCACUGAUCUGCUCCAGACAGUUGCUGGGCUGGAUUAGGGAUAAGACCAAACAUCGGGCUGGCUUGUUCCUGGUUCUGGCCCUCAUGGCUGUACAGGGGGUGUCCAACCUGCAAUCUCAGUGGAGCAUCAUCGGGGAGUUCAGUAACAUGCCUCAGGAGGAGCUGUUGGAGUGGAUACGGGACAACACGGUCCCUGACGCUGUAUUUGCGGGCGCAAUGCCCACCAUGGCCAGCGUGAAACUGUCUACGGGUCGCCCCAUCGUCAACCACCCCCACUACGAAGACGCUGGUCUGAGGGAAAGAACCAAGCUGGUGUACUCCAUGUACAGCCGCAUGUCUGCAGAUACUGUGAAGAGCAACUUGAACAAGCUAGGAGUGGAUUUUUUUGUUCUUGAAGAUUCUUGGUGUACCAGGAGAACCAGACCAGGCUGCAGCAUGCCAGAGAUCUGGGACGUCGAGGACCCCCAGAACAAGGGCAAAAUUCCUCUGUGCACUCUCAUAUCCAGGCACUCGCAGCCGCACUUCACCACCGUCUUUGCCAAUCACAUUUACAAAGUCCUCAAAGUGCUUAAAGACGCCAGAUAA